AUGAUGGAGGCGCUACCCCAGUUCAGGAUGAACGGGACUCAGGGUCAGAUGGUGAGGAUGAUGUCAAUGAGCAGCACUCUGGAUCAGACACUGGAAGUGUAGAACGUCAUUCAGAGAAUGAACCUAGUGACAGAGAAGAUGACCCCCCCAAAGGACAUCAAAUGACGGACUCUGAGAAUGAUGAGCCCUUGAAUCUUAAUGCUAGUGACUCUGAAAGUGAGGAGCUCCAUAGGCAAAAGGAUAGUGACUCUGAUUCUGAGGAGCGGGCAGAGCCUCCCGCAAGUGAUUCUGAAAAUGAGGAUGUCAAUCAGCACGGGAGCGACUCCGAAAGUGAGGAAACCAGGAAAUUGCCUGGUAGUGACUCAGAAAAUGAGGAGCUUCUUAAUGGGCAUGCAAGUGACUCAGAGAAUGAAGAUGUUAGAAAACAUCAGGCUAGUGAUUCUGAGGUUGAAGAGCUCCAAAAGAGUCCUGCCAGUGACUCCGAAACAGAGGAUGCUCUAAAACCUCGGGUCAGUGACUCUGAGAGUGAGGAACCCCCAAGGCACCAGGCCAGUGACUCGGAAAAUGAGGAGCCUCCCAAACCUCAAAUGAGUGAUUCAGAAAGUGAGGAGCUUCCCAAACCUCGGAUCAGUGACUCAGAAAGUGAAGAACCCCCAAGACAUCAGGCCAGUGACUCAGAAAAUGAGGAGCUUCCUAAACCCCGUGUCAGUGACUCGGAGAGUGAGGACCCUCCAAGGCACCAAGCUAGUGACUCAGAAAAUGAAGAGCUUCCCAAACCCCGUGUCAGUGACUCAGAAAGUGAGGACCCUCCAAGGCACCAAGCCAGUGACUCAGAAAAUGAAGAGCUUCCCAAACCUCAAAUUAGUGAUUCAGAAAGUGAAGACCCACCAAGGAACCAGGCCACUGAUUCUGAAAAUGAAGAGCCACCCAAACCCCGCGUUAGUGACUCUGAAAGUGAAGAGCCUCAGAAGGGACCUGCGAGUGAUUCAGAAACUGAGGGUGCCACCAGACACAAACAAAAGCCAGAAUCUGAUGAUGAUAGUGAUGGAGAGAGUAAGAGAGAGAAUACAGAAAUGCAGACUGACUCCUUUCAUUCAGAUACCCAUACAGACAGGAAAAGGUUUCACAGUUCUGACAGUGAGGAAGAAGAACCCAAAGGGCAAAAAAUUGACAGUGAAGAUGAUGAAGAGAAAGAGGGUGAGGAGGAGAAAGUAGCAAAGCGAAAAGCUGCUGUGCUUUCUGAUAGUGAAGAUGAAGAGAAAGCAUCAAAGAAGAGCCGUGUUGUCUCUGAUGCAGAUGACUCUGACAGUGAUGUUAUAUUAGAUAAGUCUAGUAAAAGAGAGAAAACCAUAGCAUCUGACAGUGAAGAAGAAGCAGGAAAAGAAGAGUUGUCUGAUAAGAAAAAUGAAGAAAAGGAUCUAUUUGGGAGCGAUAGUGAGUCAGGCAAUGAAGAAGAAAAUCUUAUUGCAGACAUAUUUGGAGAAUCUGGUGAUGAAGAAGAAGAAGAAUUUACAGGUUUUAACCAAGAGGAUUUAGAAGAAGAAAAAGGUGAAACACAGGUAAAAGAAGCUGGAGAUUCAGAUUCUGAUGAUAACAUAAAGAGAGGAAAACAUAUGGACUUUCUAUCAGAUUUUGAGAUGAUGUUGCAGCGGAAAAAGAGCAUGAGUGGCAAGCGCAGGCGGAACCGGGAUGGGGGAACCUUCAUCAGUGACGCUGAUGAUGUUGUGAGCGCCAUGAUAGUCAAGAUGAAUGAAGCUGCUGAGGAAGACCGACAACUGAACAAUCAAAAAAAGCCAGCACUAAAGAAAUUAACUUUAUUACCUACUGUGGUUAUGCACCUUAAGAAGCAGGACCUUAAAGAAACAUUUAUUGACAGUGGUGUGAUGUCUGCCAUCAAAGAAUGGCUCUCACCUCUACCAGACAGGAGUUUGCCAGCACUAAAGAUUCGGGAAGAGCUAUUGAAGAUUCUGCAAGAGCUACCUAGUGUGAGCCAGGAGACUCUGAAGCAUAGUGGCAUUGGACGAGCAGUGAUGUAUCUCUAUAAACACCCCAAGGAAUCAAGGUCCAACAAGGACAUGGCAGGGAAAUUAAUCAAUGAGUGGUCUCGGCCUAUAUUUGGUCUUACUUCAAACUACAAAGGAAUGACCAGAGAAGAAAGGGAGCAGAGAGAUCUAGAACAAAUGCCUCAGCGACGAAGAAUGAACAGCACUGGUGGUCAGACACCCCGGAGAGACCUGGAAAAGGUGCUGACAGGAGAAGAGAAGGCUCUUCGACCUGGAGAUCCUGGAUUCUGUGCCCGCGCACGGGUUCCGAUGCCCUCAAACAAGGACUAUGUUGUCAGGCCCAAGUGGAAUGUGGAAAUGGAGUCAUCCAGGUUUCAGGCGACCUCCAAGAAAGGUAUCAGUCGACUGGAUAAACAGAUGAGAAAGUUCACAGACAUCAGGAAAAAAAGCAGAUCUGCACAUGCAGUGAAAAUCAGCAUCGAGGGCAAUAAAAUGCCAUUGUGAUCUCGCCUGGGAAAUGUCCCCAUCUCUGAGAAAUACACAGUGGACUCUUUGGAGAAAGGAGAUGUGUUUUAAAAUUUUUUUAGUGUGUCUGUAAAUGGUUCAGCUUGUAUCAAAUGUUGUCAUAGGAUUCAUGUUUCUUUCAGUUGUAUUUAAAACUGGUGUACUUUGUACAGAGGAAUAUUAGUCAUACUUCUAUUAAACUUUACACAAUAAAAUUUCUUUCUGGUUUUGG